GGUAUCUUUCAGUCGAAACACUCAAAUACUCGUCUUUUAGUUUAAGUUUGAAUUCGUUUAAAAAAUGAUUUCAUUUGCGAAAUAUCAUCCAAAAUGAAACCAUUAAUUGUAAUAUUCGCUUUGAUGGCCGUUGCUCUGGCCAUGCCCCAUAGAUCUGGUAGAGUCUACGGUGAUGGCUAUGGACAUGGUAGUCCUGGUGGAUAUGGUGGUGGUAAUGGCGGCUAUGGUGCCCAAGGAGGCGGAUAUGGCGGACAACGGGAAGGCUUUGGCGGACAACGGGAAGGCUUUGGAGGACAACGGGAAGGCUUUGGCGGACAAAGAGAAGGUUUUGGAGGACAACGGGAAGGCUUUGGAGGACAACGGGAAGGCUUUGGCGGAGAAAGAGAAGGCUUUGGAGGACAACGGGAAGGCUUUGGUGGACAAAGGGAAGGCUUUGGCGGAGAAAGAGAAGGCUUUGGCAGACAAAGAGGGUUUGGACCAGGUGCUGGAAAUGGGUAUGGGUCACAAGGAGGCUUUGGCGAACAGCAGAAUGGCCAUACCCAUCGUUUCCAUCAUGGAUACUAGAAGACCAGACCGAAGACAUUUUCCAUGAAGAAUAUUGGUCAAUCGCAUUUUAAGGAUAAAAUCACACACGUAUAAACGAAUUAUAAAUAUACUAAAUGAAAAGCAAA